AGGAGGACCCAUGUCUUACUGGGGUGGUGUUAGCCUAAGAUGGUGUUGGCGCUUGUGGUCGGAGUCCUGUGCGUGUGGGGCCGCUUGAGCGACGCGAACCCUGAAGCUAAGCGGCUGUACGACGACUUGCUGUCCAACUACAACCGGCUCAUCCGCCCCGUUGGUAACAACUCAGAUCGCCUCACUGUCAAGAUGGGACUGCGACUCAGUCAACUUAUCGACGUCAAUCUGAAGAAUCAAAUAAUGACAACGAACGUGUGGGUGGAACAGGAAUGGAAUGACUACAAGCUGAAGUGGAACCCGGACGACUACGGGGGAGUGGACACGCUGCACGUGCCUUCUGAACAUAUUUGGCUGCCGGAUAUCGUACUUUAUAACAACGCCGAUGGUAACUACGAAGUAACAAUAAUGACGAAGGCGAUACUCCACCACGACGGCAAAGUCGUCUGGAAGCCGCCCGCUAUCUACAAGUCUUUUUGUGAGAUUGACGUUGAAUACUUUCCAUUUGACGAGCAGACGUGCUUCAUGAAGUUCGGUUCCUGGAGUUACGAUGGCUAUACGGUGGAUCUAAGACAUUUAAAACAGACGCCGGACUCUGACCAAAUACCAAUGGGCAUUGAUCUAUCAGAAUACUAUAUCUCAGUGGAAUGGGACAUCAUGCGAGUGCCGGCGACAAGGAACGAAAAGUUCUAUUCUUGCUGCGAAGAACCUUACCCUGACAUUAUUUUCAACCUCACUCUACGGAGGAAAACCCUCUUCUAUACUGUCAAUCUAAUUAUUCCUUGUGUAGGAAUAUCAUUUCUAUCGGUCCUAGUCUUUUACCUACCAUCAGAUUCAGGAGAAAAGAUUUCUCUUUGUAUAUCCAUAUUGCUGUCUCUGACAGUGUUCUUCUUGUUGUUAGCAGAAAUUAUUCCACCAACAUCACUUACUGUUCCGUUAUUAGGGAAGUAUUUAUUGUUUACAAUGAUGCUAGUCACUCUGUCAGUAGUUGUUACGAUUGUGGUACUAAAUGUUAACUUCAGAUCUCCUGUUACACAUCACAUGGCACCGUGGGUACGAAAAGUCUUUAUUGAGUUUUUACCAAGAAUACUAUGUAUCCAAAGACCCGAAAAACCCGACGAUGAUGAUAAUGAUAAACCAACAGAGGUUUUGACUGACGUAUUUGGCGCUGACGAAUUGGACGGGAAAUAUAAAGAGUGGGGAUGCGAGGAGUAUGACUUACCCGGCAUGCCGCCCUCCCCGCCGCCGCCCCCUGGUGGCGAUGAUGAGCUAUUCUCACCGUCACCAGGCUCACCCUGCCGACUAGACUUAGACGACAGUAGUCCUUCUUUAGAGAAACCUUUUGUAAGAGAAAUGGAAAAAACAAUAGAAGGUUCCAGGUUUAUAGCUCAACAUGUUAAAAAUAAGGAUAAAUUUGAAAGUGUGGAAGAUGACUGGAAGUACGUCGCAAUGGUGUUAGAUAGAAUUUUUCUAUUCGCCUUCACGAUAGCAUGCGUUCUGGGUACCGCACUCAUUAUAUUCAGAGCCCCAACAUUUUACGACAACUCCAAACCUAUCGACAUUCUCUAUUCGAAGAUUGCGAAGAAGAAAUUGGAGUUGCUAAAGAUGGGCUCCGAAAGUGACCCGGGUCUCUGAAAUUCGUCUUACGUCUUCGGCCACUCGCCGCCGAAGACGUUCUGGGAGCUUAUAGUGAUGUGGUGGCAUGGAUGAUCAAUGUAAGCUUCCCAGCGGGGAACUGUGUGGCGAGAACGUUUUGUGCUCAGUGUGGUGCCAAGCGCCCGGUGCGCUGCGGGACGUCAUAACGCCGCGAGUGUGUCCGUAACCGUCUUUUUUAUAUAACAAAAAAAAAACUUCAAUUUUUCGAGACUGUGUCCGUCGAUAGUCGAAAUGUGAACGCAGAAACCUCAAACUAUAGCCGUAUUGUGUUGACGUUUCAGCCGUUUUUAUAUUUAUA